AUGAAUGAGCUCAUUAGACUUGUUCAAGAUAUAGAAAAAAGACACCAAGACCGUGCUCUUCUGAUUCGAGUGGGAGAGAAAGACAUCUUUUGGAGAGACUAUGCACCUCGGCUUAUAUCUUCAAUCAAAGCAAUUGGAGAUAUUGCAAUUCAGUUUGCUCCUGCUCCAUCAAGUAUCGUUUGGUCGGCAUUGAAGGCGGUUCUACAGAUGUCCGUUGCACCUGGUGAAGAACUUGCCGCCAUUCUGGGAUGCUCCGAAAAAGUUUUGAGCAUUGUGAGACGAGGAAAGGUGUAUGAGACCAUAUAUACCGAAACCAACACUCCGGUUGAGUUACUAAAAGAUUUGACGGCCCGGCUUAUUGCUGUUUAUACCAAGUCACUAGACUUGCUUGCCCAUGUAGGACAACGCCUGUCAGAAGGAUAUCGGCACAUCCUUCUUGCAAUUGCCAAUCCUGGAGUGGCCAAAGGUAUAAUGGCUGAUCUAAUCCAGUGUGAGGACAAUCUGUUUAAAACAGCUGAGGUCUGUGAAGCCGCGCGGAGCGCUGGUGCAGACGAACAUUUUAGCACCCUAUUGACCAACCUCAGCGAGCCAUUGACGCAAAUUAGUGACAGAGUACGCAACUUCCUUGAAGAGGCCCAGGCAAAUGAAACCCUUGACGUCUUGGAAUUCUUUAGCCGCAUCGACUUUGGUGAUCAGCAUCGUAUAAGGGCCGAAUCGAGAACCUCAGGAACCGGAGAAUGGCUAUUACAACAUAGAAAAUUCAAGGAAUGGGAGCAGGCCCCAAUGUCGAGGAUUUUGUGGCUCCAAGGCACUGGCAAUUAUCUGACGCGUUAUGGUAUAGUGGGUAUGGGGAAAUCUUUCCUUGCCUCCAAAGUUAUCGAUCGAUUUCGUGUUAAGACAAGUGCGGGCGAUGAUCACGAAGCUGAUAGCGACCACGGGCUUGCCUUUUUCUAUUGUAAUAGGGGCCAAAUCGACCUUCAAGACCCCCUUUUGGCCCUCCAAAGCUUUGUUCGCCAGCUAGCUACAUGUCCACGCUAUUCGAAGAUGGUGAGAAAAAGUCUUAUCAAGCUAUAUCGUGAAAACAGAAAGAACGGUUUAAAACUGGGCUUUGAUGCUUGCAAUAAGCAGUUAUUGGAAUCAGUGAACCUCUACCCUCAAACUGUCAUUAUUUUAGAUGGUUUAGAUGAAUGUGACGCAACAUCAAGGGACAAACUUAUCACCAUUUUGGCUAAUCUCAUCAAGGAUGCACAGCAUCCUGUAAAGAUUUUUAUUUCCAGCCGACGAGAACAAGAUAUUGUGAAAUUACUCCCGGCUGAGUCGGUCAUCAGAAUUGAUGCUAGUGACAAUCGGGAUGACAUUCAGAAAUUCGUCGAAGAAAGGAUGGAGGAGAUGGAAAGGAGAGGGUUUUGGGGAUCUAUCCCAGAAACACUAAAGUCAGACAUUAAGACCACUCUUUGCAAAGGCAGUGAUGGCAUGUUCAGAUGGGCAUAUUUCCAAAUGGAACAACUAUCAAAAUGCCAGCUGGCCAAGGAAAUUAGAGAUCGGCUUGGAAAACUUCCAAUGUCUCUAAACGCCUCUUACCAUGAACUUUUCACUGGAAUGAGCAGCUACGACCAAGAGACGUUACGGCGUGCAGUCAUGUGGGUGAUGUGUGCCUACAAGCCGUUAUCAAGCAACCAGCUACUUGCUGCCGUUCGGCUCUCCAUAAGUGGCGACGGGGCGACUCUUGAAGUAGAAGAUGAACUGACCGAAGAGACUCUUCGCUCAAUUUGCCGCCACUUAGUUGUUACAGAUUCCCAGAAAGAUGAAUGGAAAUUCCCUCAUGCAUCUGUCAUUGAGUACUUUGAGGCAGAGCAUAAGUGGACAAUGGUAGAAGCGCAUUCUUUUGUCGCUAAGCAUUCUUUACUCUGCCUUAUCGAUGGUUAUUCGAAGUGGGCUCCGUCCACUAACCUCAGAGAUAGCGACAGCUAUAAAUUUGCCGACGAACAAGACGAUUUAGACGAUUUGGAAGAGUACGUACGGAGAUAUUGGUCUCAACACAUUAACGCCCUUGAAGGCCUGCAGCCUUUUGACAUUCAGUUGUCACGGUUGGUAAAACUUUUCAUGGGAUUCAACAGCUCUCUUCAGCAGACCAGUCGGCAGUACCGCCGUUGGAUUAAACACAAGAUGGCUGAGAUCCACUAUAGAGGUGUUGAGGAUUUCUUCCCCGUAGCAAACCCCAUUUUUGGUAUUUGCACUCUUGGUUUCUGCCAUAUUUUAGAAGACUGGUGGACACUUGAUGUCGAUAUCUCACAAGUCAAUGGAAGUGGACUUGACUUGCUCUCAAUCUCCGCAAAGAAUCACCAUCAACACCUCUGCAAGAAGUUGAUUAGCCUUGGGGCAGAUGUAAACAGAGUGCUCGGCGAUGGAUAUUCAAGUGUCUUGUAUGACGCAACUCAAAGAUUUGAUACCGAUAUGGUAAAAUUCCUUCUUGACAAUAAGGCCGAUCCGAAUCUACGUUUGAAAAGGACUAUCCUCUGUAUGAAGUGUGGUAAAUACGGAAGUGCUCUUGAAGCAGCCGCACUCGGAGGAUCAAUCGAGAUUGGUCGCCUACUGAUUGAGCAUGGAGCCGAUGCGAAUGCUCUUCUAGAGUGUGGUAUAUACGGAAGCGCUCUAGCAGCAGCCGCAUAUAGAGGAUUAAUCGAGUUUACUCGCCUGCUGAUUGAGCAUGGCGCCAAUGUAAACGCUACUCUAAAUUACGGUCAAUAUGGAAGUGCUCUAGCAGCAGCUGCACAUGGACAGGGCGUGAUGAUGGUGAGGUAUCUAAUCGAAGAGGCUAGUGCAGAUCCAAGUAUUCUAUCCAAGAACCCGCCGUCAGUUCCUCCUCCUGAGGCUGAUCCCGGUUGUUAUAAAAGGUACAGGUGUGGGAGAUAUCUGAAACAGAAGGGUUAUGUUGUGGAUGAAGAUGUUCUCAGAAAGGUUGGCAUGUGGCCGAUGGAAUAA